GUAUUUGUUAUUUUUUUUAGAUCAUCCGGUAUCUUGACGGCACGCGUAAUCAAUACCGGUAAGUUAUCUUUCGCUAGCAUUCGGUGAACUCGUGCUCUAUCACCGAUUAAAUAAUUGCCCCUUCAGAGAAGUAUUAACAAUAAUCCAUUUGUAACAAAAAGCUCUGUUUGAAGCCUUGUUUCCGGAUUUGUAUGCGCUGCUAUCGGUGUUGAGACUGGAACAGAUUGUAUCAGCGAGAGUUAUAAAAUGCGGGAUGAAAUCGACGAACCUCAUUUACAAUUGGACAGCGAACAAAGCGUUACCAGUAAUAUGACAAUGGGCGAAAAACUGCAUUCUGGUAGUAAAAAGUCAGAACUUGCUGAAACAGUAGAGAGUAGAAUUCUUAUGUUGGAAAGGAUCUGGAAUGAACUUGGGAUCCCGGAGGAACAGGUUCAAGCUAGAUAUCAAACAGUUUGCAAGCAUGUGAAAAAUUUACUACAACGUAUGGUAAACGAAGAGAACAAAUUGUUACAAAGCACAAAAAAGAAGCUUUCGGAUUAUGAAAAUAAAAUUGCGGAUCUCACAGCAAUCCUCGGUGCAACCCCCAGAGUAAACAGGCAUGCCUCACGAAUUCAAGAACCGAAAUCCUUGAUUUUAAAAAAACACCAGUUGGAAUGUGCAUUGGAUCAACUUCAGUGCAUGUCAGAAAAGAGAAAACUGAAGAUGGCAACACUGGUUAACAAAGCAGGAAAGUUAUCAUCGAAUCUCUCAGAACCUCCGCACGACCUCGUUACAAACUUUAAACAGAGCGACAUUCCAUCUCAAAGCGAUAUUGAUUCGCUGAAGCGUUACAUCUAUAAUCUUCAACAAGAAGAAUGUAUGAGGAGACAAAGGCUUUCUGAGCAACGUCGUCGCGUUCUCAAUUUAAUGGAGGAAAUGGAAAUUGAGCCAUCGACUGAUAUUGAACUGGAAAUAGUUAUUACUGACGAUUCACAGAUUAGAUUGGAUGCUGAAACCAGAAAACAAUAUUCCUCUUUAGAAGAAAGGCUUGUAAAAACGAAAGAAGAAAGAAUGAAACUUUCAACAGACCUACGAGAUGAAUUUAUCGCAAUCUGCAAGGAAGAUCAAAUUGAAAUUGAUGAAGAGAUCGAACAUUUGUUUUCGAGUAUCAAAACUCCACACCUAGAUUUGUUAAAGACAAAAAUUGAAAGAUUAUCGUUGAAUCAAACAUGCCGGAAAACUGAUAAUAAAGCUUCGAAUGAUAAAUCAUUGCACUCAAAAACUACCAGUACAACCAAAAAUAAUCCUAUUGCCAACAAUUCUGCUGCAUCUGUCCCCAAUCGCUUCGAUACUACAGUUGACGUACAAAAAGACAGACAACCAAAUUUAGGAACCCCAUUUUGUCGUAAACUCAAACGUCGUUCAAUAUCAGAUACAACUCUUAGAGGACGCGAUUUCAAAUCCAAGCAACAAGGUUCUCACACUCACAAACACCUCUCUCCUUUUCGAUUCGGAAUAGCAAGAAAUGGCACCGCUUGGCAAACAGCAGGGACAGCGACACCCAAUACCAAAUCCGUACCACGCCAAAAACAAAAUUCACCAGCGAACCAUUUCAGUUUGACUUUACUCAGCGUGUGUAUUUCUAAUUUUUUCAAUGUAUUCUGUAUUGUUUUUCGUUCCAUUUUAAUAAAAUCUUAUAGAAUAUGGACACGAGGUCACGUACGCGCCGUUGUCCGCAGUAUUCGUCAUGUCGUUUUGUGCUCUGAGGCUGCUUGGAGUAGGGGAUUCAACAUCAACCGAAUGUAAACACAUGGUAUGCAGAUAUCAAUGAACGAUCUUUUAGCCAAAUAAUGCAUCAGGAACUCACGGACUACAGUAAUGUAACAUCAUUUCUAACAAAGGGUUUGAUUGGCACAGUUUGUGAAUUGCGGGACAAAGGGUUUUCAAAAUUACCUGACAGGCCACUCAAAGUAUACAAAAUGAAAAAAAUGCAGUUUAGGAAUAGAAGAUCGUUUUUUUAAGCUUAACGGCCGCGCGUUUCCGAUCGCGGUGGCAAUUAGAUUAGUUAGCUACGCAAAGGGUGUGGUUUGUUUUUGCUUGACUAAUCAUAUAUAUCGGGUGACAAACAGAUGCAAACUCACGAAAUAUGGACCAAUCAUACAUAGCAACAGUCGUGGAACUGAAUAAAAACAUAAAUAUAUCACAACUGAUCGGAUUUGGCCCAAGUAUAUACAGAUAUAAACAUAGAUAUAAAUCUCAUAUAAUUCAAAAUGCGCGAAAAGUUACUUGCGCCUGAGGCCAUCAAUUGAUUUCCCCUUCCGCCACAAUACGCGGGUCACACAAUCCUAGUUUAGACUUACACAUACACUUAGUUUAGAGACGUUGUGCUCUGUGUUGCAGCUUGCCAAGAUAUGGGGAACGAAAGUUGGAUCUCACUUAUUAACUCGAAGUUCACUAAUUUGACAAUUUGCUAUAUAUACUGCACAUCGUCAGGCUAAUAACCGAAUUGCGU